AUGACUUCCGACGCUGCAGUUUCAAGCAUCAAAGUUAUGAACCAGGAUCUUGUCAAAUUGGAUCGUUUUGAUGGAACUAACUACACCAGAUGGCAAGACAAGAUGACAUUCCUACUGACUUCCUUGAAGGUUCAUUAUGUCUUGGAUCCCGACUUAACACCAAUUCCUGAACCAACCGAAAAUGAUUCUGAAGAAGUCAAGAAGGAACGCAUGAAACGUAAGAAGGACGAACUGCUAUGUCGUGGACAUGUUUUGAACACACCAUCUGAUCGUCUCUAUGACCUCUAUACGGAUAAUCCGUCAACAACAGAAAUUUGGAAAGCACUCGAAUUCAAAUUCAAGGCUGGAGAGGAAGGUACGAAGAAGUUCUUAAUUUCUAAAUAUUUUGAUUUUAAAUUCAUAGACUCUAAGCCCAUUCUUCCCCAAGUGCAUGAAUUGCAAGUUCUUGUGAAUAAAAUAAAAGCAGUAAAAAUAGACAUUCAUGAGACCUUUCAAGUUGGUGCAAUCAUUGCAAAAUUACCACCUUCUUGGAAAGGUUACAUAAAGAAAUUGUUGCACAGUUCUGAGGACUUCUACUUGGAGAAAAUCCAAAAACAUCAUUGA